GCUUCAUUUCCCAGGGACUGCAGGGGUGACCUGCACAGCAAAGAGACCAGGUGUGGGGACAGGCUCUGAGCACAGCAUGGCAGGGAGAUGUGUGUGCCAGGAGAACUGCUUGGCAAGGGGAAGGCGGGUGAAGGGCAGAGCAUCCUUCAGAGAGUAAACGGCACAGAGAGAAGGGAAACAUGGCAAUUGUGGAAUCACCCUGAGGACGAGCUGGUGGCUAAGGGAGGAUGGAGGCCCCACAGCUCCUGCGCCUGCUGCUCACCGCCAGCGUGCUGCGCCUGGCACAGACUGCAAACCCCUUCGUGGCUCAGCAGACACCCCCGGACCCCUGCUAUGAUGAGAGUGGGGCUCCCCGCCGCUGCAUCCCCGAGUUUGUCAACGCUGCCUUCGGGAAGGAGGUGCAGGCUUCCAGCACCUGUGGGAAGCCCCCGACUCGGCACUGCGAUGCCUCGGACCCCCGCCGAGCCCACCCACCCGCCUACCUGACCGACCUCAACACCGCCGCCAACAUGACGUGCUGGCGCUCCGAGACCCUGCACCACCUGCCCCACAACGUCACCCUCACCCUCUCCCUCGGCAAGAAGUUCGAGGUGGUCUACGUCAGCCUCCAGUUCUGCUCGCCCCGGCCGGAGUCCACCGCCAUCUUCAAGUCCAUGGACUAUGGCAAGACGUGGGUGCCCUACCAGUACUACUCCUCGCAGUGCCGCAAGAUCUACGGCAAGCCCAGCAAGGCCACCGUCACCAAGCAGAACGAGCAGGAGGCACUGUGCACCGACGGCCUCACCGACCUCUACCCGCUCACCGGCGGCCUCAUCGCCUUCAGCACGCUCGACGGGCGGCCCUCGGCCCAGGACUUUGACAGCAGCCCUGUGCUGCAGGACUGGGUGACGGCCACCGACAUCCGGGUGGUGUUCAGCCGUCCCCACCUCUUCCGUGAGCUGGGGGGCCGCGAGGCUGGCGAGGAGGACGGCGGGGCCGGGGCCACCCCCUAUUACUACUCGGUGGGUGAGCUGCAGGUCGGCGGGCGCUGCAAGUGCAACGGGCACGCCUCGCGCUGCAUCAAGGACAAGGAGCAGAAGCUGGUGUGCGACUGCAAGCACAACACCGAGGGGCCCGAGUGCGACCGCUGCAAGCCCUUCCACUACGACCGGCCGUGGCAGCGGGCCAGCGCCCGCGAGGCCAACGAGUGCCUGGCCUGCAACUGCAACCUGCACGCUCGGCGCUGCCGCUUCAACAUGGAGCUGUACAAGCUGUCGGGCAGGAAGAGUGGCGGCGUUUGCCUCAACUGCCGACACAACACGGCUGGGAGGCACUGCCACUACUGCAAGGAGGGCUUCUACCGGGACCUCAGCAAGUCCAUCACGGACCGCAAGGCCUGCAAAGCCUGUGACUGCCACCCAGUCGGAGCCGCCGGCAAGACCUGCAACCAAACAACAGGGCAGUGCCCGUGCAAGGACGGCGUGACCGGCCUCACCUGCAACCGCUGCGCCAAGGGCUUCCAGCAGAGCCGAUCGCCCGUGGCCCCCUGCAUCAAGAUCCCUGCCAUCAAUCCGACCUCUCUCAUCACCAGCACGGAGGCACCUGCGGACUGUGACUCCUACUGCAAGCCAGCCAAAGGCAACUACAAGAUUAACAUGAAGAAAUACUGCAAGAAGGAUUAUGUGGUCCAAGUGAACAUUUUGGAAAUGGAGACGGUGGCCAACUGGGCCAAGUUCACCAUCAACAUCCUCUCCGUCUACAAGUGCCGCGACGAGCGGGUCAAGCGUGGAGACAACUUCUUGUGGAUCCACCUCAAGGACCUGUCCUGCAAAUGCCCCAAAAUCCAGAUCAGCAAGAAGUACCUGGUGAUGGGGAUCAGCGAGAACUCCACCGACCGGCCGGGACUGAUGGCCGACAAGAACAGCCUGGUCAUCCAAUGGAGGGAUGCCUGGACUCGCCGUCUUCGGAAACUGCAGCGGCGGGAGAAGAAAGGGAAGUGUGUGAAGCCCUGAGGGCCUCGUGCCCCGCGCAGGUCCCGGCCCGGCUGCGCACCCAGCCCGUGCCCAGAGACUCUGUACAUAUAUAUCGUGUGAACGGACUCUUCUGUCUAUAGUGUAUAUUUUGGCAAUGGUUCCCCUUUGUGUGUGCGUGUGCACGCGUGGGUGUGUGUGUGUGUGGGUCUCCUUCUCUCAGUGUGUAUUGAAAGACAAACCUUUAAUGAGGAGCAAAGCAGAGAGGGUCCUGCGGGUGCCUGUUGCCUAAAGGAGCUUGAGGGGCUGGUUUCUUGCUCCGGGCAUGCUGUUCCUCAUCCUUCUGUCCUAGUCUCUCUUUCCCCUUGUACAAAACCUUCCGCCCAGUGCUGCUGUCUGAGCUCGCAGCUCUCUCUGCUGUGUGCUGAGGGCCUGCUUCCCCCUCACGUGCUGCACAUGCACUGCUCUCAGCUCUCAUGCCCCUUUUCUUGUGCAGCAGAGACAGGAGGUCAGUUUCCUCCAUCCCGGGGCACACAUGGACUGGCUGGGUGGAGACCAUCCAGCGCUGCAGGACCAGCCCCAGGAGCUCCGCUGGAAGAACCAAGUGACCUUUCUCCAGACCUGAAUCCUGCAGGACCUCAGCUUUACACGGACUGGUGCUGCUGCCCAGGGGCAGGACCCAUGGAAAUUGUGGGGAUAGCCAGGGUUGUUGGCCACCACCUCACAAAGCUGUGCUCAGCAGGGAGCAGGGAACUUCCUGUCCUGCUGCACGGCCCAGGUGACCCAACAGGAAAGACCUGCAGAUACCCAUAUUCUCCUCUUGUGCCAGCUCUGCGUGCUGCUGUGACCAUGGCCGUGCCAGAGGUGCGGAGGCAGAGGUGUCAGGAAGAGAGAAGAGCUUUUGCUGACCAACCUCCAGUCUUUUAUUUCUUCUUCAUACUGUAUUAAUCUCCAGUUCAAACAGACAUCAGUUUCUUUCCAUGUUGAGGUUAUAAUGGUCUCAGCAUAAUAAACAUGAGUGGAAAUAAUA